AUGGACACGUUCUGCAUCAAAUCAUCCGCCAAUUUCACUCGCAACUCAACCUACCAUACAAAUCUCAACACUCUUCUCACCACGCUUAGCAACCAAUCAUCUUUCUCUAACUAUUAUAACCUCACCACCGGUCUAGCUUCAGACACUGUCCAUGGAUCUUUCUUAUGCGUAGGAGACGUCAACAGAACAACCUGCAACACUUGCGUCAAGACCGCAUCAAUCGAGAUCGCCAAAAACUGCACCAACAAGCGAGAAGCAAUCAUUUACUACUACGAUUGUAUGGUUCGCUAUUCGGACAAGUACUUCUUCUCGGACUUAGACACAUAUCCUUAUAGCUUAUGGUCCUCUGAUGAUUCAACACCUAAAUCAUUAGGUAGCUUUGGGGAAACGUUGUCUAAGAAAAUUAUGGAAGUUAUCGAUUUGGUCUCUUUGCUAUCGUCAUCUUUUAUACCAUAUUAUCAAAUGGAUGUGACACAAUACGAAGGAUCAUAUGAUCUUUCGUCCAUCGCUCAGUGUAAUCCGCAUUUGGAUGCUAUAAACUGUACCGUGUGUCUCAAGAUUGCGUGGAAAGAUAUAACAGAUUGUUGUAACAAUAGUCGCUGGGCUAUGACUUUUAGUCCUGACUGUUUCGUCAGUUUUGAUAUCUCAACGACGUCGUUCCUCCCGCCGCCGCCGCCGUCGGAUAAACAGAAACGUAGCGAUUCCUUCUCCAUUAGAGGAAACAAUGAAAGAUUUGGGGAUAUGGUUGUUGCUGUAGCUGCUUUGGUGUUUGCAUUUUUGGUGAUGCGUGAUCUUGAUGAGCUUCCUUCGCGAGUGAUCCACAAAAUUUCGCUAGGAGAGGAGAGUGAAGCUAAUGGCGAUAACUUGAUGAAAUAA